UGCAGCCCUCAGGUCUGUUACGACCUACGUAUCCAUCGACCGCCAAAGCCCUCGGAAUUCCCAGUCGGACGCUUAUUACAUCGCCUAUUCACUGGUCCGGGCAAUUUCAGAGCUUGACUCCUUCCCAUGCUGCCGACGGUUCCUGAUUUGCCUACAAUGAUAUUGAGAACUCUACUUGUCUUUUUCCCUGAAUUCAAUGACUCUCACUGUGUUUUCCACGAUGGAACUUUGAAAUAGAUUCUGCACUGUGUUUGCUCACGGAGAAUCCUAAGUCCCAAGGAGCUUUGUACAACAGGCGACCCACAUUACAUGCUAUUGAAUCAUGUCAACUCAAACAGGCCUUGUUACCAGCCACGGGUGUCAUGCGCUCCCUCCAGGCAUCGGAUCAGGGGGCAUGUGCGGUUCUUCUCAUGGGAUCUUGUUCGAUGAGGAGCAUGAAAGCUUUUCCUUUACCCCUGUGCAGAUAAGCUCCGCUGCUGCUACUAAUGUUGUAUCUUCGGUGCAUAAGACGUUUGACGAAAUUCCUCCAUCGCACCCGUCACCCAUUUUGGCUGCAACUCUCAAUCGCUGCAAUGGUCAGUCUGGUGAUCCUUUUUCCACAUUGGAUAUUCCGAUUCCGAAACAUCCAUUCACCUCCGUUUCCUCCUCUCGAUCUCUUUAUUCUGACACACUUCAUUCUUUAGACAAUCAACGUGAUCCAGACGACUCCGUUGAUGAUUCAUCAUCAUCCGCCUUAGACUUGACCGAUUACCCCUCGACGCUGGCGAGCAACACUCUCAGUUCUUUCAGUUCCUUCGGUUGCCACGGUCGAAUGACAUCCGAUCACUCAAGUCCUUCAGUAAUACGCUCGUAUGCAGUGCACAAUCUGUCACCUAGCGAUAAAGCAUCGUUCCCGGUAUGUAGUCCAAACACACUUCCGGCUGAUGACAACGACGAAGAAACAGACAUUGUUCCGAGUGAGCUCAUCCAGUUCGUAAGUGAGUCGACUCGGCGUAUUCAGGGAGAUUUAACUGACGCCGUAUCAGUGGAUGGUUCUGACAUUGAAGCAUUGGACCACGACGCUCGUUUAGCAUCUCUUUGCUUACCGAUCUUACAGCCGCCAUCGAUCGUGUCAUCCCACAUCUCAGAUGGUUUGCGACCACCCUCUCUUUCACCCCAGCCAAGUGCAGACAACUACUCUGACUCUGAUUUUCCGAAAGCGUACUUUUCUGAGUCCAUGGAGAGUGAGCCUUUGUUCCGUGGUUCCAACGAAAUAUCUUUGGGCCUUUCUGCCUCUCUACAAGGGAUUUCAUCGGAGGAUCGAUCGAUAUCUAGUUCGGCGUUGAUGUUCUCUGCAUCAGACAACUCUACAUCGCAAGUUAUUCACCUGUCCACUGCUGCACCUGACGUUUUUUCAUUGUCUUGCGGUGUUCGGACAAGUGAAGUUCGGAUGGUAGAACUCAUGGACUCCCGACAGGAGCUACAGCAUCAUGACGUCACAUUGCUGCGGCCAAAUUUAGCUACAACGAACUCUCCGUUGCCAUUUCGAUCCGUAUCAUCUCAGGAACCAAUUAUCUCGCGCCCACUCAAAUUAGAGCCGCAUGAUGUCCAUGAAGUGGCUGACUUUCCAAACAUCGCUACUUUGGGUCCAUUCGCAUCAACAUUUUGCUCUCAAGCAAUCUCGGCACCUGUGCGAUUGAUGGAUCUUCCCCUAUUUUCCAAUCCGCCUCAUUCACGUGAUACCACUUUGGUUUCUAAGGUAGACGAACCGGGCGCAUCUUGCAGUAGCAUCCUUUCGAGACAUAUGGAGAACACACAGUCCGCUUUGAGGAUGUCCACCUACAAUCCAACUCCCAACGGUUUCACUUUCCCCAGUGAUUCGAAUCCGCCCGGAUGCCGCCACCUUUCAACCAACUCCACCGACUCAGCAGGUGACUUACAUGAUAGGAAUGUGCCUUUCCAUCCACAAUUAUCUUCGAGUAGCACUUUCCCGGUUAGUUCUGUGGCACUCUCCGGUAACUCGCAGCCUAUCUUCACGCGUGCCUGCACAGUUCCCCCAGUAGCCUCGACUGGAGGCGAACACUCACCAUUUGUCCUAAUUGGAAGAGAUUCUGUAAACAUGGCUUCAUCAUCUGCUGAACUUCGGUUUAUCACACAUAACUAUGUGAAUUUCGACAGCUCCAAGCCCAACAUUUCUCUGACACCUGAUCCGUCUACCAUCGAGAGACCAACGAGCCACUUUCUACUCGCUCCGCCAACACAUCCACCCAACAUUGCGUCACCACAAACGAACCUCACUUUUCAAUUGCUCAGCUCGCUUCCAGCCCUCCGCCCUGGCAUGUCAAUUCUGUUUAACCUAAAGAGCGGCGCUGACAACGGAUUUGUCAGCACUAGCAGCGCUUCCAUUGUCUUAAACACCAACACACACCUUGUUGCCACUAACGCUGUUGUUCUCCUCCAUAAUCUUGCGGGUACAGCUAUUUCACGGUUGAGUGGAACGACGGCACCUCUGACAUAUCAGCAAAAUUUGGGACUGCCGCCCACCUCUACGACAAAUUUCUUGUCAGUUAUUCCUCCAAUUUCCUCAACCCCUGUUCCAUUGGCUACUAGCCUUGCUUCGGCAAAUGUGCACGACGGAGUGAAUUCUACCAUGGGGGCCCAUUCGCAAAUACCUCUUACAACACACGUUCUCUUCCUUCGCUCUGCUUCCACACCACAAAUUAAGUCGGAUCCUGACAAGCAGAACGUUAUAUUCGACUCCAUUUCUACUCCACCGUCCAGAACACCCUUGCUUUUUGCUCCCGCCACUUCUCAAAUGCCAAUUACUGACCCACAAAAACUUUUGUUUAUACCCUUUCCCUCGCCAGGGUUAGCCCCUAUUGUAUCUUCCUCCACCUACGAAAACACUGAGCAGCAUACCUGCAGCUCGAGUUCUACAUCAACUGGUGCACCCUCUUUUGCAACAUCCUACAAUGCGGGGGUUAGUUUUGGGGCUAUCACUACUCCCGGCUUUCAUGGAUUCGAUUCUGUCGACCCUGGAUCUCACCGCGAUUCACUCACACAGGGGACAGCUUUACAUCACGUCAGCCUCGCAACACCAACUAAUCAGGUCUUAUCCUUCCCCCUUACAUUGUUAUCGGGAGCAAAUACACACAGCAUAUUUUCCUCUUCCUUGCCCACGUCUGCAUCACAGACAGAGUGUGUUACUGAACAGCCAUUCUUACCUCCAAUUUCUGCCCUUCCACCCACAGCUUCCAAUUGUAGUUUGCCAUUGCAUCAGUGUCCUUUGCGCCCAUCCUCACUAUCUACAUAUUCGAUCGACACAAACGACCUCGGUCCCCCAACUAAUCCACUUGCCCUCUUCUCUCUAUUCCCUCCCACCUUCUCCCCUCUCUCACUUGAUAACGCACUCAGUAAUGCAGCCGUUGACGUCCAUGGGGCAGCAACUCCUAUUAUGGAUGUUAUUCCGAAAUCUGAGUGCACUAAAGGGACUGUGUUGCCAUCCGCAGAUAAUCUACUUUCCUCUCGAUCAAUGAAGCCCGCCUCCUCGAUCUCAGCAUCUGGCUCUGCUUCGAUACAGCCGAACAAAAAUCUGGGUAGUAAAUACCGAUCUUCGUCAUACGGUAGCUCUACUGGGGACACCGGGUCCCCGUUUCUUUGCAAUUCGGGUGCAGCUGUCUCAAAUUCCAACCGGAGACGCCAUCAAUGUCCUUUCUGUCCGAAAUCAUGCGAACGAAAGGAUAACUUACAAGCUCAUAUUCGCACACAUACAGGAGAACGACCCUACCCCUGUCGAUUUUGCCCCAAAGCUUUUCCUCAGAAGGAUCACUUACGGGCUCACAUACGUACUCACACUGGCGAAAAACCUUAUAGGUGUCCUCAAUGUUUGAAGGCAUUUGCUCAGUUAGGAAACCUACACCGACAUGUCAAAACUCAUCGACGGUAGUCUUUGGU